GAGAAAGCGGAGGAGACGGAAAAGGAAGAGGAGGUGGAGGAAGAGGAGGAGAAGAAGACGAAGGUGAAGGAAGCGGGGUGGUUGGUGGCGAACGGGGUGGGGAUCCGUAAUAGCUAGAAGGAACGACAAGGAAAAGAGGCGGCUGAAGUAGGAGAAACACGGAGAGACUAUAGUGCAGAAGCCGUGGCAGCGCGCUGAGCCACGAGGGGCUAUUCGAGCGAGAAGGGGAGGGGUGGCAAGAAGCCCUGGCGGGGAGGGGACGCGGAGGCCUUCGGGGGGCCGACCAACCAGACGGCCGAUGAUGUCAUCGGAGGAGGAGACCGAGUGUUUCGCCCUCUACGGAGCAACCACGGAAAGCAAGCAACAGCAACUCCUGAAGAAGCAGAAGCGCACCAGACAGCGCGUGGACGCCGGCGAGCCGCGCAACAGCUACUCAAGUAUACCGAACUUCAGCUCCCGACCAUCCUUUCUCGGUGGUGGUCUAUACGGCUCGAUCUUCAGUGGUAGCGGGACACCGUCACAUCAACAACAACAACAGCAACAGCAGCAACAACAACAGCAGCAGCAGCAGCAACAGCAGCAACAUCAUCAGUCGCAAUCGCAACAACAACAGCAACAACAGCUCCAGCAGCAGGCUGGAGCUACAGGCAGUCAAAGUCAUUUAGGUACAGCUACGACGGGUCCUACAACCCAGCAGCAUUCCGCCCACGCGGCCUUCGGCUUCUUCGGGGCUCCGGGCUUCGGCCCCGCCAAGAUGCUGAACGAGUUAUUAGGGCGGCAGGUCAAACAGGCCAGUGACGCUGGCGGAUCGCCGCCCGAGGGUGGUCACGGGAUGACCGGUGCCGGCAUGGAUCCCGCCUCAAAUCUGCAACCGGGCGCUGUGGUUAAUUGCGACGAUCCCGCCACGGCCGACCUCACGCAGCACAUGCUGCGCGACAUGCUUCUGCAGGGCCGCAAGCUCUCCGCCCUCGGUGUGCAGGAACAGCCCAACAAUAACAACAGUAUACAUAGUAAUAAUAAUAAUAACACCACCGCGGAAUUACUUAAGUCCCAGCAUCAGCAGAGUCCGCAGCAACAUCAACAGCAGAACAGUGAUAGUGCGCGCAGUGGAACAGUGCAGAGUGGCGGGGAAGAGAGUGGUGAUGGCAAUAACGUCGUGAAUAGCGCGAACCAUAGUGAUCGUGAUACCGUGAUGCCGGGCGAUGCUGAAGACAGCGCUGAGGAUGCUGCGUCCGCGGCACGCGCGAUGGAGGAGGCUUUUGCCGAGGCCGGUAUGGAACCAGGAGCAAAUUUAGACGGAUCGGAUUGCGAGCAAAGCUUACCCCCUAGCCCAACGGCACCGAGGUCAGGCUCCGUUUCUGUUAAGGAGGAAAUCGUGGAGUCGCUGAAUAUCAAACGUAGUCCCAGUCAUUCCCCCUGUCCAAUCGUGCCAAAGACCGAGACGAGUUCUCCGACGACGGAGAUCAAACGAGCCCGCGUGGAGAACAUCGUCAGCACGAUGCGCAGUAGCCCGGCGCUACAGCCGGCUACGGUCAAUGGUUGCAAGAAGCGUAAGCUUUACCAACCUCAGCAACAGACUGUACACCACGUUCUCCAGCAUAGUGUCAAUGAUACCAUAAUGGAUGACGAGGACGAGAGCGAGGAGGAGGAGGACCCGGCGACGAUUAGGCAGAAACGAGAGGAGAAGGAUAACUUGAAGACUCAGUUGAAGAUGUUACAUGAACAAUUGGCGGAAAUGCAGCAAAAAUAUAUGGAGCUCUCCAGUAGAAUGGAACCGGAUACGAGCGAAAGCGGUGACGCGCCACCCAGUCCUCCACCUCAACCGCAACAUCAACCGCCACCUAGACCUCCACGACCUCACCCACCGCCGUACAACGGCCUCCCAGCCCUCCCACCUGAUCACCCGCACGCAGCGGCUGCCGCUAUGUAUCACAUGGGACACAAACUCUACUUCGAGCAACAACAUGCCGCCCUCGAGAGGAUGAAGCAACAUCAGGAAGCGGCCGUGAGGCAGCAACAACAUCAACAGCAACAGCAACAGCAGCAUCAGCAGCAGCAACAGCAACAGCAACAGCAGCAGCAGCAACAGCAGCAGCAGCAGCAACAUCAACGACAAAGUUCGCCACCGCCACCACCACCACCACAGAGUCAGCCUCCACAACAAAGCCAGAACAAUACUGGACCUUCGACGCCGCAGACGCCGCAAAUGCAAACAGCCACCACGCCUAUACAGCAUAAAGACUUCCAGGAGAGGUUAAACGUCUUCAGGGGUGCCGCGGCAGCAGCCAAUUCGUCCGGUCCUCACAUAACUGGAGCCGAUCUGGAAGGCUUAGCGGAUAUCCUGAAGACGGAGAUUACUUCUUCCUUAACCAAUCUGAUCGAUAGUAUAGUCGCGAGGUUUGUGCAACAGAGGAGGUUUCUCGGUAAGCAAACCGAGGCAGCGCAGGCUGCCGCCGAGCAGCUCAACAAGGACCUCCUUCUCGCGAGCCAAAUGCUCGAGAGGAAGUCGCCGAGAACGAAAGUAGUCGAUAGAGGAGCACCGCAACCACCCGGUGGCCCAAACGGGCCACGGGGGCCCCACAACGGCGGGCCCCUUCCUCCACAAGCCACAGGAUUUUCGCAAAUCGGGUCCAUAGGUGGUGUUCCCCAUGGCCCUCAUGCUGGUCCCACGGAAAAUAACCUUAACCAGAUGAAUCAGCUGCCCUCGCACGGGAGACCAAAUGUUGGAAUGUUUCAGACCCCAAAACCGCCGACGAUAUACGCCAUGGCCUCUAUGCAGGCGCAACAACAACAACAGCACCAGCAGCAACAUCAGCAGCAACGCGAGCAGCAGCAGCAAAGGGAGCAACAGCAACGUGACCAAUAUUGCAAUAUGAGGGGCGACGAAAGAGAAAACAGGGAUUCGGAGCAAAACGAAGCCCUCUCGCUCGUAAUGACUCCAAAGAAAAAGCGUCAUAAGGUGACGGAUACGAGAAUUACUCCCAGAACGGUGUCUAGAAUCCUAGCGCAAGAGGGAAACGGAUCGCAAGGAGGUAGUGAUAGUCCCCCGCCUCCUCCGCCACCGAGACCCUACCACGCGCCACCACCGAUGCUGCCGGUGUCUCUGCCAACCAGCGUAGCGAUACCAAAUCCAAGUCUCCACGAGAGUCAAGUGUUCUCGCCCUAUUCGCCGUUUUUCAAUCCUCACGCGAGUCAUCCUGGUCAAGUGCCACCUCCGGGGCCACAUCAUUUACCCGCGAGUCCUCCGGGUGGAGGUGUAGAACUCAGGGAUUCCCCUCCACUGCCCCAUCCGCCUGCUAUGUUGCAUCCAGCCUUACUGGCGGCAGCUCAGCACGGCAGUCCGGAUUACGGACACCUUAGGAUGGACAGCAACGACCGAGCUAGCGACUGCAAUUCAGGCGAUAUCACCUACGAUGGAAUUCAGCCUACAUCGUCGACGCUGACACCGAUGCAUCUGAGGAAGGCGAAGCUGAUGUUCUUCUGGGUCAGGUACCCGUCCUCGGCCGUCCUUAAGAUGUACUUCCCCGACAUCAAGUUCAAUAAAAACAACACAGCGCAGCUGGUCAAGUGGUUCUCCAAUUUCCGGGAGUUCUACUACAUCCAAAUGGAAAAAUACGCGAGACAAGCAGUUUCGGAGGGCGUGAAGAACGCCGAAGACCUCCGAGUCGGGGGCGACUCGGAAAUCUACCGGGUUCUCAACCUUCACUACAACCGUAAUAACCACAUUGAGGUAUGGGGUCCCCAGGUGCCCAGCAACUUCAGGUACGUUGUGGAACAAACGCUGAAAGAGUUCUUCAAAGCGAUUCAGGGCGGCAAGGACUCCGAGCAGAGCUGGAAGAAGUCCAUCUACAAGGUGAUCUCGAGGUUGGACGACCCGGUACCGGAGUACUUCAAGAGCCCAAACUUCCUGGAGCAGCUUGAAUGAAUCAGGAGGUCGCGUGGCUCUUGCUCUUCGUGGUGCGCGGGCUCGCCUGCGCUCGUCGGCUCCCGAUAAUCAGGAACGACCAACGAGAAAGGAUCGCAUCCGCCAGGAGGUACACGUCCUUCGCGUAGUGCGCGUUCAGGUACCCUUAAAUAACAUAUCGCAAAAAUGAACGUGAGAGAACGAGGGUUAGGAUGGGAGAGGAGACACGGACUAAGCCAAGGAACAGAGGCACCGUCGACGCGUCCGUGCGCAACGGCGGCGUCAAGGUGCCAACGAAGGAUCAGGCUGUGACUAAAUGACGAAUCAAACGGGAGAGAAAGAUAAUAAGAAAGAGAUGGAGGAGAGACACAAACACACACUGUAACACCGCGUGAACCGACGGCUGACGAAACUCGAAAGCCGCGAGGUGUCGAAUGCCCAUCGACGUUCCUCUUGUUUCAACCGAACGAGCGUGAGAAGGUGAUCUUGGAACGAGACGAAGAAGCACGACGAAUGCGUGGUCAACGAACGGCGAGGAUAGAUAGCUUCUAAUGUCGAUUUUGUCCGAUCUGUUUGUUACUUAGAGUAAUCAAUUCGUUAUCGCCUAAUUUUACAUCACACGAUAAGGAUAGGGGUUUAAGAACAAUGACACACUGCUGCUGGGGUCGUAUUUACAUGGAGAAAGAGGGAGAGAGACAAAGACGUCCGGAAUAUUCGCGAGAGCGUCCAAAGAUUGUCUAAGUCACGCCGAGAAGACACACGGCGGUUCCUCUUCUGGCUCAAACUCGAGACCCGGAAGCGGGACCUUCGUCAUCGUCGUGAGGAACGACGCCGGAUGGGCAGAGAUAUAUACUUCCCGUUCCCGCGCCGUUCCCCGGAGAGAAGCGAUAAAUGGAUUAGAAGAAAGUGUGCUCGCGCUAUUCCGGACAAUCCUACUCUAAGCUCUGUGAAAGUCGGCUUCGGUUUUGCAAGGAUCGAUGCUCUCUGAUGGAACUCCGAAAGACUUCCUAUCGAUGCACGAAUAUCGGAUCUACGACGAUUCGUGCUUCGAUAAGAAGGAAUUCUCUCACUGAAACCUAUAUGAGCCUCUUUCUUUCAGAAAUAAUUCGAUCAGUCCGACGCGAGGUUCACACCUCGCCACUUUUCUACCGACGCCGAAAGGACGUCACUUUCCCCCCACCACCUCCCAAACCCUCCUACACACAUAUUGUACAUAUAAUUUCUCUCCUACAUGUAUACAAUCGAUCGACCAGGUUCCAGAUCGAAAACGCUUGGCUAUUAAGUUACACUGCGCGUAUCAGCCGGAUAAGGAACGGCGCGAGAGAACGCGAUCGGCGCGUUGCUCAUGUCGGUACCAAAGAAUCGAUGGUUUCGGCGAGAACCAAAACGCGAUAAUACGUCGGACGGACGAUCGAGCGAGCGCGACCGGUCUCGCGACGAUCUCUCCGUACGAAGGAAAGAAAUCUCCGUUCCUAUAUCUCUCUGCCGAGGAUGAAAUUCCUCCGCCCAUUUCGUUCAUCCCGUAUUUCUUCUUUCGCCCGACGAGCCGGCACAUCCGCCGCGCUCAUCGGACCCGACGACAACUAGCACGUUUGUACGAGCGCGUACGUCGCAUCGAGAGAGUAUCGGUGUGCACGGGUCAAUAUACAUAACUGUUUUUUUAUUAAUGAUUGAUUGUAUAAACGAGAUUAGGCUAAUCGCGGUGAGACGAGAUCAGCAGUAGUACGGGCGACAAAAAAAUAACUGUAGAAUCGGAUGUAGCGUUCGCGAGUACGAAUUGUAUUUACGUCGCCGGCGACACUCUUCUAACUGUUAGCAUAGCGUGGGCAACACGGAGGAGAGAUAAAAUAUAUAUAUAAUCGUGUGCGCCGGCGCGUAAUUAUAUAAAUAUUAGACUUUCGAGAGAAAGAGAGAGAGGGAGAGAGAGAGAGAGAGAGAGACGGAUGUUGGCGCGAUUAAAGUAGCGUAAAGAGGACGCGUGACGGAGGGUUGCACAACCGCGCGUCCUUUUCUCCACUUGUACACCCCCGAUCACCCACGUACAGACUUACGCGACACCGACACACGCGCAACACGCAUAUAUCGUUAGUCACUUUUACACGUAUAUUAACUCACACGUUCCACGCAUGAAAGACAUGUGCACGCGCGUACGGGCGCGCGCGCACAAACGUGCGAAAAAAAAUCGGAGACGGCGACCCUACAUUUUCUUACUGCGACUUCUUCUCGCUAGAAACUCUUUUGUAGAUAUAUUACGAGACGAUAUGAAAGAAAAGUAUUGGAGAUAAAUUUUCGGGUGGUAGCGAGUGCACAUAAUCUAACCCACUUAUUUUUUUUUUCACUAUUAUUCUCGCUACUACGUGCACUAUUAUUAUUAUUAUUAUUAUCAUUAUUAUUAUAUUGCUAUUAUUAUUAUUGUAUUAUUAUUAUAUAUUAUUAUUAAUAUAUUAUAUUAUUAUUAGACUCACACUCUAUUAUCUGUAUCAACAUGACAAUUUUAUAGCAUGGAACGAUUAUCAAUAUUAUUAUGUUCACACAUCGUUGAAAUUGUCAUAUACAGAGAGAGACUUUAGUUAGUUUAAAUUUAAGUCUGCCUUUUUACCUACACAGAACAUCCCCCGCGCCGUUCUUUCAUGUCUCCAGUUUCAUCCUCAUCUUAUUCGCGAUCUCCUUCAAUUGCCUUCCUGUUCCCAUCCCUUCGCCACAACCCUAUCUAUCGCUUCGUGCCUGGAGAAUUAUGUUCUCUUUAUCUUUAGUUAUUAUGUAUUUUUAGUUAUUAUAUAUAAUAACGCGAUUACACUAAAAUUAUAUCCGUAAUAUAUGUACCGGGCCGUACACGAACACACAUAUAGAAUAUCUUUUUGCAAGCGGUGAGUCUUAACCUAGUCACGAGUCACUAUUUUUUAAUUGAUUAAUGGCCGAUUUAUUGAUUAUUAUUUUAUUUAUUAAUUACGACAAUAAAAUGAGAAAAAUGGAUUUAAUUUGCGCCUGAUUUUGCGCGUAAACGUGAUUUUACUUUUGUUUGCAUUUUCGACCGAUCUCUGUGCAUUAUCCUCUCCUAAUUUCAGAAAGAGAUUGAAAAUCGUUACGUCGACGUAAAUGGAGAAAAAAAUAAAACAAAGGGGAUGAAAAGGAAGAGAAAGGAAAACGGUAUUAAUUUGGCAUACUCGGAAUAUUCUCGACUGCCUUUCCGGCCUAUCUUUUUUCCUAAGAAGGUGUGUGAAUCGAUUGUGACGUACCAUCCGUGAAUUUGCGCUCGGCGAGCUCAACGAGGACAGAAGCGAGCAGCGAGCCUUCUUUCGUGCGAGCUAGAACGCGCGCGACCCAAUUGAAGAAAUGGGAAAACGAAAUUUGGAAAAUUUCAAUUUUUAUUACGUAAUACUAGACACUUUGGCCUAAAACUAGUAGCAACUCCUUCGGCGCUGGCCUAAGAUUUUGGUCUAAACGUUCAUAGCGGCACAAGAAAGGGAUAUUAGACGGAUAUUAGAUGGGCGGCAAUGGGUGGGCGAUAAUUUGAGUAUAAUUUUAAAGAAGAUCAAUGAGACGCGUUACACUCGCUGACUCGCUCGUCGCAAUUCUCGGAUGAUGGGACGUUCGCGUCAAGGCAGUAUUGGCUCGGAUGGAAAAUUACUCCUCUAAAAUGUUAAGUUGUCGUUCAAUUUGAUUAACCAUGCCAAACUACUUUGCACAUUUUACGAAAUCGAAUUUCUUCGAAGAUCAGACUUAUAAUUUAUCUGCGAGUCGCGACACUUGUCUUUAUGUACUUUUUGAUUAUUUUCACUAUUUUGACUACCAGUUCGCACGAUCGAGAAUCUACUCUUUGUCAAUCCGUGACAAAAAAUAUAAAGUUAAUGUAUGUCUCAAUAUAUCAAAAGAUCGAGGAUACUUGAAAUCUAAAGUUGAAAUUAUUCAAUUCUGAUUAUGAUAUCUUUAAGCAAUCUCCGAUAUACACUCUGCAUUACGUUUAGAUUUGAAAGUCCCGUCGAUGUCUUUCACGUCGAUACGCGUCAACAUCUUCUCAACUGCCGUCAGCAAUACUAUCCAUAGAAUAACAACAGUACAUCGCGUGAUUUCUUUACGGUAAAUCUCGACACUAAGUACACACAAUCGCUACACAGAUUAUAUUCUACAUAAAUAUUACGCCAUUGACAACCCAACUCGACCUUUACGAUCGUUCUCAUUCUUACUUCGAUCUCAUCGAAGUUGUGAGAACACAUUUAUUUCGCGUUCGUCGAAGAAGACAUAUCCAAGAUCAUUUCGUCGUACUAAAACUGAUUUUUCCACCGCAUUGAACAUUAUCUGCACUUAGUAUAAAGAACAGGUCACAUUAAGUACGCUGCGAUAUUGAAAAUCGACAUUUCCAUAAAUUAUAUCAAACUGAACACUCGUGGUAAAACUGAAUAUCACGACAAGAUUUUGUUCUUUCUGGCAAUUAGUACCAAGGAAAUCGCAGUGAACAACAACCAAGACGAGACUACCUAUCGCGAAUUAGACCAAUCGUUUGACCAUUUCUAAUUCGCGUUCUUCGCCACACGACCACAAGCUUCGGAGGAGCCGAACGAUAAACUCACGAAGACCAAGCCGGUUUUGCAUCCCCGGUCGCCUUUGCCAGUCGACCGGCUGAAAUGUCAGAGGAAUUUCGUAUGGUCGCUUGUUCGUUAAAAUCGGGAAUAAGGAACCGUUACGACGCAUAAGUAGCUCUCGCGUGAUCCUUCGAGGCCGCCUAAAGGCACAAACGAAAACGGAAGAGUAAGUCCGCUCUAUAUUCCUCCGUCGACCGAGAAUCGAAGCUUCUAGCGCGAAGGACAAAUCCUUUACAUAGAUCUCACUGCAGACACGCGCGCUCGAGCCGCGAGAAGACUCGGAACUUAGCGGGAAAAAAAGAAAUGUAUCUAAAAACGAAUGAUAAUGAACGACCAGUCAAACCGAUGGCUGGUCCACCGCGAUCGCCGAGAUUCUCUCAUCGAUGGGAGAACCAAGCCGCGCUCCUUAUCUCCCGAUCGAUGUUACCGAUCCCGAUCUACUGACGCGACAUAGAAUCGCGGGACGAAACUGGCGAUGAACAGCGUGAGCGUAGAGAAAGGGAUGAAUUCUCAACGAUUUUACGGAUGCGCGAUACAAUGAGAACGAAACGAAAACGUAAGGAGAGACAGACGGCGAGAUCGACUAAACGUAAGAGAUGUAUAAAAAAAAAAGAGAAAUAGAAAGAAAAAGAGGAUGCCAAUGGCAAUGAGACAUGCAUUUCCGAAGGAGGAGAGGCAAAUGAUCAGGAAGGUCGUCGACUAUUUCACCUACGAAGUAAUUAAAGUAGGAAAAAUAAAUCGACUCGCCGUUUAGAAAUACGUUUACGUAGCGGGGCCGACGCACGGAGAAACGAGUACACGGGACGGAACGAAAAUUUGAACAAAUACGAGAAAGAGAGAGUACGGAAGAGAAAAUAAUAAGCAUACGUACAUACCUAAACGCGUAAAUUUUAAGGACACGUAAACAGAAGUAAGUAAUAGUAUUUAACGUUAACACUUGCAAGCUAUUAAUUAUUAUAUAAACGAUUAACUAAAGAUAAAAAACGAGCGGAGAAGGUCGUAUCACGCUGCAGAGAGAAAGGGAGAGAGAGAGAGAGAGAGAGAGAGAGAGAGAGAGAGAGAGAGAGAGAGAAAGAAAGAGAGAAAGGAAGAGGAUACCUACUUUAAAAACACACACUAAUAAACUAAUUAUUAUUAUAUGAUUAUAUUAUUAUUAUUACGAUCAUUAUAAUAUCGAGUUUGAGAUUAAGCCGUGAUAAACAAGAAAAAUCAGUGAGAAUGGGAGAGAGCGAAAGUGAUACCGGAGAGAAAGCGAAGAAGACAGUAUGUGGGAGUUCAAAAAGCGAAUUCAUUGAGAAUAAUAAUUCCUCAAACUAUUAGGAGUGUAAUUAGGGUAUAUUUAUUAUGGCGGAUGCGCGAUUAACGAUAGCGGCGCGGUAGUAUACAGGAAAAAAAGAAAAAGGGGGAAGAUAAAGGGGGGACAGGAAAUACGUUAUCUCCCCCAUGACGUUUUAGCGAGGCGGAAAUCGCGUCUUUCGAAUUUUCGCGCGCGCGAUAGGAACGAAGUGGAGGAGCGAACCCGGGAGAACGAUCGAAUGAUAGAAUGUCUGAGAAAGAGAAUAGAAAGCAGAGUGUGUGUGUGUGUGAGAGAGAGAGAGAGCAAGAGAAAAAGCGAAAGAAAGAGAACGAGAGAAAGAGAGAAAAAGAGAACGAGAGAAUGUGAAUCUGUACACGAUGGAAAGAAAGAGAGAGCGUGUGUGCAAAUAGAGCGUAAAUUAUGUUUCUAUGUGAGAUCACGUGCGUAAGCCAAAAGAAGAGAAAAAAGAAAAAGAAAACUGAUUGUUGACACCGAGUGAGCAAACUUUGUGUGAUAAUCUUGUAGUACACGUAGCAUGUUAAGUCUACAAUACGUUUGGUAGGGGAUUAAGGUGAGAGCGACUUUCGAAAAGUCGGGCAGGAGAACGGGGAGUAAAAAAAAAAAUAAAAAUCCGACCGAGAGGAAUCCGAGAGGUCUUCCGUCGUGUCUACCUCCCAUGAUGUUUCUAAAAAUCGGCCGGAGGCCUGUGCGUCUCCGGCCUGUCGACAUAUCACCGCGUUAUAUGGAUCGUUAUUUCGUACUACUUGAGUUACAGGCUGCGCGAGACUGCCGUCGACUACUCCGGCAUUCUCGGCUGUAUAACGUAGAACGUGCGUUAAGUUUCCUUCGAUGAGCUACGGAAUGGCUUUCGGUUCAAGCUCGUAGUCUAUAGUCGAUCGAACCCGCGAUCCAAGAUGAGAGACGACGCGAGAUGCCGACACGCGACCAAGGUUUCAUUUACAGGACAAUAGCGUGGACAGUCGAUUACUCCUGUCUCGCGACCAUCCUUAAUCUUCUACGACCCCGAGCUCGUAUGAUACGCGAGUGAGAUUCUCGCGGCCGCAGGACGCGUUGAAUCAGUUAUCCCAGUUGACUUAAAUAUUGACUUUAUAUAUUUUAUCGAGGAUUUAUUUUACAAAUCCACGUCAAUCUAUCCCAUUUUUGCAUAUUCGAAAUUUACAAUAUCAAUAGAUUUGUUGCAUUUCUGAUUUCCUCAAUUAUCGAAAUCUAUUGUCGACUAUUACAAUUGUUCAUUGUUACAUUAGUUGUAACCAGACUGUGGCUGUGGACGCGACAAUCUCGUCGAUCGUUGUUAACAAGCCGUGGACCGUGAAAGAUUGACUCAAUGACACAUUAAACUACUGGUUUUAAUUUACAGAGCAGACGCGCCGGGAGGCUGUGCAUACUCCAGCUCUCGGUUCAGCGAUAACUUGCAUAAUGCAACAAUCACACAUGUACACGCACGCGUGCGCGCAUUCGAGCAUGCUUCUCUUCUUGGAUCGCAAUAGUCGAUUGUAGAAAGUUUACGUAAUAAUCUCGCUCAAGAUUCAAGAGCGUCGAAGAGAGCACCUCUCGGAAAAUCCGUAGCAGUCGGGAAGUUUGGGGAUGGGUGGGCGACGAGGGAUGGAAGGGAUGGCGGUUUAUAGGAGAGAAAGAGAGAGAGAGAGGGGAAUAGAGAGAAAGAGGGAGAGAGAGAGAUGGAAAUCGACGAAAUUGUGGAUGGUGUAGAAGCGUGUAGGGAGCCAAGUGUCCUUGAUGCGACCGUCGUUGAAGCCACGAAAUCUCGCGAUCUCAACAGGUGAUCUUUUUUGUUCGGACGAGUUGAACCAUGCAGGGAGAUAGAAGCGGAUCGAUGAUAAUAAGAGACGCAAACGACAGAAGAGGAGAGUAACAUGCACGAGGAAAAAAGUCACGACUGAGAAGAAAUCUAUGCGAAUUGCGAUUUCGGACUGAGUUCGGAGCCACGGGCAAAAGACGUUCGGCGCAAACCGAUCCUAGCUGAGAGAGAAAGAGAGGGAGAGAGAGAGAGAAAGAAAGAGCGAAAGAGAGAGAGAGAAAGAGACAGAGAAAACGGUGAAGCGCGAAAGAGUAUGCAAGCGUGAGCGAAUGCGAAGAAGAGCGAUAGACGAUUACGAGUGAAAGAGUACAGAAUGAAAUGUAUCGAGAGACGAGGAGUGAAUGCGCUAAAAAAGAAGAAAUUGAUAAAAAAGUGAAGAAAUUAUACAGAGAGAGCCGACCUCCUUGCCUACCGGGAGGUCCGCAUAUAUGUAUUGUAAAGUCAAGACUAGUAAAUGAUAAAAUUAGGGAAGUGAGUUUAAGAGGAGAAAUUAUUAGGCCAGUUCGUAAGUGUAAGUUAUUACGGAAUUUUCUCCCCUCCCCAACCCUUUCGUGCACGAUACUUUUGGCAAAUCUUUCGCGAGGUGUGAAUGUGGUAAAAGUGAGCGCGCGAAUGUGAGAGAGAGGACAGCGGACACAGAGGGAAACUAUUUACAUGGGCGUAAGAAUCUGAAGUUAUGCGUGAUUCGUAUGAUUACAUGAAAGAAAGAAAGAGAAAGAGAGAGCGUGAAAGAGAAAGAAAGAAUGGAAGAGAUCGAGACAAGAAGAGGAAGGGAUUAAAAAAGAGAGCAAUCGGACAAAUGGUCCGACGUCCGACUCAGUAGAGAUGCAGGAGAGAAAAGAAUCGAUUGCAGAGAGGCAGGCAACGCGCACAACCAUCGAGAAUGGCAGAUAUCACAAAUGUCAUUAUCCAUCCAACCCUUCGGCCACCGAGAGUAUGAGGAACAAAGAGCGUAGGACAAUGAAUCUUGGCCAAUCCUGCUUGACCGAAAAAACAAGAAAUUGGGUUAUUCUGGUCUCUGCUUUCGCUUCCACGCUUAUGUUACUUUCAGGCGCGGUUCCGCGUCACGCGCUAUCCAAUUGCUCGCAAAACAUGCUCGCAACAGUAUCCCCACGCGACGUUUCGUACCUAUUAUCUGACGUUUCUCCGCUAAUAUGUUAACAAGCUCUCUCCUCGAAUGAGAGACUAUCAAUGUUUCGUAUUACGGGAGAAAUAUUUCUUCUUAUACAGUCUGCAAUUCUUAUUGCGACCCUGCGUCGCGCGUGAAUCAAGAGUAUGCGAGAGAACGAGAGAAAGGGAGAGAGAGAAAGAGAGAAAAUAGUGAGCGAGAGUGUGAGCAAGUGAGAAGUGGCGUUAAGAAAGAAAGUGUGAAUCGUAUGCACGCGUGUACCAAGAGAAGCACACACGAGAAAAAAAUGAGAAUGAGAACAUGUAAUGCCUGUAUUCCUGGAGUAUAUUACUUGCGCAUACGUCUCAACCAACAGUCGUGUUAGAUUAUACGUAUUAUCGUGUAGGGAAUCGUAGGUGUAUUAAGACAAAAAAAAAAGAAUAACUUAUUUAGUAAAACGCGCGAAGAAGCUGAAGAUGAAGAAGCGAAGACGAGUACUAGCAGCAAGCAACAAACAACAAUAAACCUACGUUGAUGUGUGAGGAUGUGAGCUAGAUCGCCGCGUUGAGUCUAAUGAACUCCUCGGAGAUGUACAACGCAGACCCUCCGGAAUGAGGUGAAAAGGCGCACGACUGUCAGCCUUGUCGGCCAUCUUCGUCACUUCGUCUAAAAGUCAGGAUGACCGAGAGAGAGAGUGAGAAAGAGAAAGAGAGAAAGAAAGAGAGCAAGAAAGAUAGAAAAAGGAAAGGAAAAGUGAAGGGAAGCGUAAAAGGAAAACGUUCGCGUCAAUUAAUUUCUGUAGAUAGCGGCAACGAAAAACUCUUCCUCUACGUUAAAGUAGAAGCACGGACGAAAGGGUUCGAAGGACGACAUGAUGACGUCUCCUACGAGCGACUUAGCCGACGUAACGGGACACAAAGUGGAAUGACGAAGUUGGCGACUUUGCUCGGUCGGCCGGAACGUCUUGUAAGAUAUUGUGGGAAUUGUUUUUCUGCGCCCCGCGAGUCCGUUUUCGGUCCAGGAACGGGGCAUCAUUCACACAAGCCAGUACAUUUUAGGCCAGAAGUUCUGUCUCUACCCCACUGACGCUCGCGCGUUACGUCUUUCUCACGAUAUACCUUUACUUCCACCAUCCCUCUGUCCAUCCGUCCUGUCCCAAACACAGGAAGGCUCAUCGCACACGGCCGAUACACUGUUGGCCAGUAUCUUCGCACCGACGUUCCUUUUGCCAGACAGCGAUCACGUGAUAGAAGGAGCCCAUAUCUCGCUGCUUAGUACUAAAUAAAUAACAAAACGUCUUCUCGGGUUAUUCUAAUACGCGAAGCGUACUAGAUACACCUAUCUAAAGAAAAUGGGCAUAUUUAAGAAAGUACAUGAGCAGACUGUUGUUGAACGCACAAAUUAUUGCAAAUGGCAAUCAUAUUUUUGUCUUGAAGGAAAAAAAAGAAAAAAAAACUCGCCGGCCGCUUCGUUCACGUGAUUCCGCCGUAAUUAAGCCGGGUUCAGUUGCAAUAGUCACACGUGCAAUAGCCACGAGGCGAUCGCCCAGGUUGUCACCGGCGACGCGUCACCGCAUAUAAUCGACACGAGAGCCGUCAAGAGAGACAGAGCUUCGGGCGAGGAAACCUGACUACUUUCAUACAUGCAUUACGAUGUUUGAUGACUGUACCACUUUCGACGCGAGAAUUGCUUUCAUACCUUUUACCGGCGUUUUUUCUGGGUUCGUUUUGGGCUCGAGGAACAAUUUCGUUGGUUGAUUGCUAAGCCUUGGUUGCGCACAAGACGACACACAGAGAGUAGUGCAAGAGGGUGUGUGCGCGUGUGCGCACUUGGUCGCGACGAGCGCGCGAAUUUCGGACGCAACGCGACGAAUGACACGCGCCACCACGCCAGCCGAGGUGUCGAACACGCGCCCACGCCUUAUUGCGGCGAAGAGUGAAAAAUUCCGUUUUUUGGCAGACACCAAAAAAGCAGCUCCUAAAAUGCGAGCGCCGCGCGAGGAGGAGACGCGCGCGUCUCGUGCGGCGCGUCUCGUCGCGCGCGCGAGCGCUCGUAAUCACACAACAGAUAGUGCUCAGCAAGGCGAUGAACAUCGGUCGCGAUGCAGCACACUCACACACACGCGUACACUCACCUGCGCACACAACGCACGUACACACAAGACACGACACACGCACACACGCACCAGAUCACACACGGGACACGGACACACGCAGUUUCGGCCAGAAUCUAAAAGACACAUCAAGGAAAAAAGUACAAGUUUAUCACGUUGCGCCUUAACGUUAAAAUUAAAAGUUGAUCAAAAGAGAUGAAAAAAAGUGAAGCGUAUUCUUAACCAAAAUCGGCCUUAGUAUAUACUUUUCCAGGGCACGUGGAAAAUAACGGACGGGCGACCUUCCUCCUCGACCUACUUCCAAUCCUCACUCUUUAGAUUAUAUAAAAAAAAAUGAUAUAAAUAUAUAAUAUAUAUAAUAUAUAUACAUGCAUAUUAUAUUCCGCCGGCGGUGGGAAGUUUCGAAACCUCGCAGCUAACUCAGCAAAACACCGAACCAUCGAAAAAAAAAAUUAAAUAAAUAAAAUUAAUAGAUCUCUCUGUUCCCGCCGCGUCAGGUCGGAUUCGAAAUUCUCGCGGUUCGUGUCCACGUCGACGUGGAGUGAGAAAAGUCAAGCGUGCGUCGUGGGCGCGCAACCCGUCCUCCAAGAACCCCCUACCUCCCAAAAAAUGCCCGGAAGGUCGCCCGUCCCCCUUUGCACGUCCCGAUGUACCCCACGCUCCCCGCAAGGUGUUCCCCCCCAAAAAAGGAGAAAAGAAGUAAAGAAAACGAAGCGAAAAACACACCUAUCCGGCGAGAGAAGGCGAGCCUUUCUCGCGCAUAGAAGAAAAACACUUCCUGCAUGUAACUAAAGCGACGACGCGAGUGGACGGGUCACCCGGGAUUAGUGUAAGGACGCUCGUUGCUAAGUGAAAGCAAAGACGAUGACGUGGAAUGGAAGAGAGGAAGAAGCGGAGACAAUUUUUUGAUGCGGAAGAUGGACGACUGUCGACUCGCCGUUCCCCGGCGGCCGGGGCCGAUGGCAGAAAAUUCGCAGAAAAUCCGAGAGAUUCGAAAAGCGAUGCACGAUGGGAAAAAUGAGGUAAAAAAUAAAAAAAAAAAGAAAGAAGGAAACGAAAGGAGGGAGAAAAACAAAAAACGCAUACGCGCGCUGAGGAAGGAUCGGUCGCGUAUAAGUAUCCAUUUAUAUCUCGUCGCGUAGAGAUCCGCGGUAUUCCUUGCCAUCCAUAUCUCUUUUUUCACGAGCGUAUCUUCGUGAGACUCGACUGUGACGACUUAGGCGAAACGAGGAGGAACGCGAUCGUAAUCGAUCCGCAUUGUUGCACGCCACCGGAAAGAGUCUAGCGCAACGACGCAUUCGACGAAGCUAUGCAUGCGACACACGCGCGAACGAAUAGUAUUACAGUGUUUUGCGAUAUUAAUGCUGCACAUGGAAAAUCACUCCCUCGAAGCAUUCCGAGCGAGCAAAACUCCAUUAAACUCGCGAGAGCGAUGUUGGUUGCUCGUAGCGGGCAAGAAGGGAAUAAAGUGCAGAGAGCACACUACGUGCACUUGUGAAAUUGAUAUUAAUUUUCAACUUGUACUGCGAAACAGAACCAGAAAAAGCAAAAGAUAAUAAAAUAAGAGAGAAAGGAUAAAAUAUACACGUUAAUCUCCGUUCGUCAUUCGCGUUUGCACUUUUCUCUAAACGACCGCUUUGAUUAUCGAGCGAUAAGCCACGCGAAUCAGCUACCUAACCGUAUUGUAGAGCCUGUUCAGCAGACAAAACAAUGGGAAUAAGUACGGCUAACGUUACGGGAUCAACCGUCGUGUCGUUCAGACAACGGUGCUCCAAUAAUAACGUGCAGUCGUUACGAUGAGAAGAGGAGAGGAUGCCACAGCAAUUAUGCCGAUUAAUACUUUCCGACAUUAUACUGAGGAGCGCAUGAAGCACACAUGUAAACACACACAGAACCUAUUCGAAGAUCCGAAAUAUAUAGUAAUUGAGACAAAUCAAGCACGCGAGGUAUCGACGCAUCGAGCCGAACACGCAUACAGCAUCGCAACGAAUACGUCGAAAGGCGCUUUAGGAAAAUACGAUGCGCCUCGACCGAGCCGUAAUGCCUCGCCAAUUUCACCACCACCUUCGCUCGCGAAGAACGCGCCGCUACAUGGUAAUGAUUGCCCGCUGGGUUAUUAUCGAGGCAGGUGAGAUAAUUAUGGAAGCCAUUAUUGCUCAUUCGGCCAAUCGUCGAUAUCACACCGGCGAGAAAUGUUACACCAAAGAGCGAUAAUAACAUAGCGUAACCGACGGUUAAUUGCGCCACGAGACGAUGUCGGAUACAGAUGCUGCGCAUCGCUGUUCAAUGGGACACGGCUUAUUCCAUUAACGAUAUUACCACGGCGACAGGAUCCUACUCUUUUUUAUUCCACGCUCCGCCAUAAUGCUAUCACCACCACUAUCACCACCACCACCACCACCAUCACCACCACCACCACCACCACCACCACCACUACUACCACUAUCCCAGGCAGGCAGGCAGGCAGACAGACAGACAGACAGACACGUCGAGCCGAUCGACGCCCGGUUUUCCGUUCCGUACCACUGUGAUGCACCACUUACGUAUCGAUUCCUUCGUUUCGAACCAAGCGCCUCGGUUUCCCCCGCAAAGAAACACGGACGGCCGUGCGUGUGUAAUUCGGAAUCAAUGCCAGCGAUUACGCGCGUCCCAAACGACAUCGCGAGAAGGAAUAUUUUUGCAGCGUGCACGCAUCUUCUUUCAACACGACGCACGAAUAGCGAGGUGACUUCUGGUCGUGAAGUGCCAUAGCGCAAACCGGUCAAGACAAAACAACACCCACACCACCAUCCCAUAGCAAUGACUUGAGUUUUUUCGCGUGUGAAGCAAGCGCUGCGCGCAGCAAACACAUCCCUACGAUGGGCGACUCAGCGACUCGGCAAGCGCGGCGGCAUUACCACUCCAAGUGACGCGCAUCGUACUUGUUCCGAGGACAAGAUACUGGAAGCAACCAUAGGACGAUAGGGCGAGCACGAAGAACGAGAUGGAGCGUCACGCCGGGACGAGAGAAAUGGUCGCUGAUCCCGUCAAAUCGGCAGAACGUACCGACGCGACCGAACGUGCAGUCAUACAAAGAUGAAGAAGAAGAAGAAGGAAAAAAAAAAACAAACGGAGGAUCGAGGAAAAGCGAAAGAAGCGAAACAAAAUUCUCAACACGACCGUAUGAGCCGACGCAGGCAAGGUGCAACAACCGAGAUAUUGACGUCAAUGAGAAAAGACAGAAGAGAAAGAGAAUAAGAAAAGAAACGAGAAAAAAGAAUCGAAUCAGACCUCGCCACUUGCAAUUCGUUGAAGACGUGACGCGUUCUAAGCAAUUCGCAUAACAUUUAGAAAAUAAUAAAAAAAAGAGAAACAAUGAAACAGAGCGAGUACGUAAGAGGGAGAGAAAGGACGGGAGCGAAAGAGGAGUGUAAGAGGGAAAGAGAGAAAGAGAGAGCGAGCGAGCGAGAGAGAGAGAGAGAGAGAGAGAGAGAGAGAGAGAGAGCGCGCGAGAGCGAGAGAGCGAGCGAGCGAGCGAGCGAGAGAGAAAGAAAGAAUGAGUGACACACAUAAUUGAAGAAAAAGGAAUCACUGGAGAUCCGCUAUUCGACUUUCUGAUUUUUCGCAGAUUUUCGCGCGGGACAACAGGUGCGUCCCUUCCGAGACUUCACCCUGCCUCCCGUGACAACCCGCAGGAGCCCAGCUCAUCCUCCUAACGCCCCUCCCGUGAUCCUUCCCCACGUGAACAAGGUUUGCUUCCAAUCCGUAUCGCGUUAUCGAAACCUAAUAAACUAUAAACUACCUAACAAUAAUAAUUAAACGAUAAAGGGGGUUAAGAGUAUCGAUUAAUUAAAUUAUACCUAACGACUAAUUAAAUAAUUAAUGAGUAAUGAUACGUAACGAUAAUAUGAUUAAUGAUAUAUAGUAUAAACGGUACGAGAGAGGCAACCCGGUACAUGGUGGCUAAAAAACCAUCCGCCGAGACGGAACGAUUCCGCCUCGCCGUACGCGUGAGGGGUGUAUCGACCGUGCAUGGGACGUUGUCGCGCGGCGCUGCAUCCGGCUUCCUUUUCGUUCGUGUCCGAAUGGAUUCGCGGACACGCCAGCCAGCGGGCCGAUCGGCACAUUCCCGUGAUGUCGGCGAUCGGCGGGAUCCACCACCGUCGGAGAGUGGUCGUUUCUUACCCAUCAUUUAUACGCGCUAGCUUGUAACUUGAGGACUUAAGUAUAAUGAGACACACACGAGGAGAUACACACACAUACAGCAUUAAUGAUACCUAAUGAUAUGAUUAUAUUAUUGAUAUAACUUACGAUUAUGAACUAUCCUAGUGGUAUUAUACGACGACAUAGUUGAUUGAUCUGUUUAAUAUUGAAUGUCUGUAGAUCACGGAGCGUUUGGAACUCUAUGCUAUCCGUUGAGCGUCCCGUAACGAAUCCUCUACCGACGAUCCUCCAUGAACUCUACCCUUCCCGCGACCCCACUUUCCCCGCCGACCAAAUAUAUAUCGCGAUCACAAACCCCACCCGAGACACCACGAGACUCUUAACAUUGUAUAAGCAGAUCGCCCCGUCUUGAGCCGAGACACAAGAUUGGAUGCUAUUACGGAGAACCGUGUUAAACCGUUAAAUUCGAUAAAAUUAGGUAACGAUGAGAGAAACGUGAAAAGGAAAGGUUGAAAAAAGAAACGCGUCAACAGAUUGGAUAACAAACCCCCGAUUGAAAAAGAAAGAAGUGGGAGAGAAAUAGAGAGAAGAGAGAAAGAGAGAGAGUGCUGGUGCCCGCGCGGAGGUGCAUUAUUCGAUCGUUGACAACGCAAGAAAAUAUGAGCCACUACAAAGUACAACUCGUCUCCAUAAAGCUCGUCGAAGCGCGUUUUUUUCCAUGAAAGGCUGCGGUAAGGGACAUAACAUCGUUAAAACUGGUUUUCAGUUCCACGCAUUCCCCGUGUGCCAGCGCAACGCAACACGACAUACAGAACGUAUAAAGUAUUCUCGGCCAUGCCGGUUUUAUGUUCCAAAUUCAAUAAAUCCACGCAAGCACCGCAACAGGACGACAGUGACGAGGAAGCUACCGCACAGCUUCCCCCCACAUCCAUCCCUAUUCGUCUCUUGCUGUAACCGGAGACAAAACAUGGAAAUAACGCUUCGACGACAAGAGAGAAGGAUAAUUCGAGGUUCACACGUGACGUAUGCUCACUGGCAACGACAAAUUCUCAGUAAGACGGGUGAAUCGCGCGUUCUCGCGAGACCCGCCCCACGCUCACGACAUGAUCGCAACGAAAAAGAAAAUGCCCCUCGCAAUAGACGUGUCAGAGAUUGCAGUGGCAUACGGUAAUCACGUGGAGAAUCGCCCCGAGAAAGGAAAUACGUAACUCGUAUAUGCCUCCCGAGACAGAAGGCGAAACAUUGAAAAGCCCUCCGCGCGCAGAGUAUCGCUUGGGAGAGAGCGAAGGCCCGAGACGCAGAAGUGAAGGAAGCGAGGCCUAGAAGAGAAACAAUUCUGCGAGCAACAUCACCAUCACCGAGCCCUCUGCCUCUGUUUUUGUAUACACGCGUACCAUGCGACGUUCGUCGACGAGAACCGGCCACCCCCGUGAGGGGUUGAAACCUACCGUCGCCAUGUCGUGCGGCUGACGCAUCAUUCUUCUCGAUCGACGUCCCCGACCAUAGGUUCGCCUGAUUGUUGAGUUUAAGUUUUAUAGCGAGUACGUAGACGCGAAAGCGGCCGGGAGAUAUCCGCGGCUGGCGCGAUAGGCCGUGCGAAUCUCGUGGCCGAGCUGUUUCUCCCUGUCUCGAGUCGUCGGCCACGAGACGCACGCGUCGGACUGCCGCGGGUUGCCCGAAUUGCCGUUGAUUUUUUGUACAUUCUGCAAUAGCUUAAGUGUCGCCCCGAUUAUCGGACGAAAAUGUGUUUUUUCGCAUUGAACGCUGUUUUAUUGCUAGGAAGUCUUUUUGAACACAUCGAGUGCCGAGCCGUCGAGUAUGUGCGCGCUUCCCCCUCGUCGCCGCCGCCGCCGUCGAGCGGAGAUUCGGUGCUUCGUUGUGACGCCUCUGUUGUAUAGGGUAGAUGUGAAGUAUAGCUAGUUACGUUCUGUUGUUUCUCUCUGGGUUUGUUAAUACUGAAGUCGUUGAGACGCGUCGGUUGAACGCCGCGAGGUCCACCCGCUGUGAUGAAGAAUUAAUUGCCCGUUUGUUUCGUUCCUCGGAAGCAGCGCAGCUCGCGACAUCGAGGAGGAAGGCGCGCUCGCACCCGGCACUCGUUUACCGUUUGGAAAAGUCCGCACUCGGACGGAUCCACCCGGCUGUUGUAUAGAUUACGCCGUUAUCAGAGGGUGCCACGGACAGUAGGGGAAAGCAGUAUUACCAGUUUACUUAGGAACGAUCUCUAGGAGCCACGCAUGAAUCGCGGAACUGUAACACGAACGCGCCGGUCGAGCGAGAACGAUGGUCGUUUCCCUCGGGGAAGGGAAAGCACCUUCCUCUACUUCGCCGUUGUAUGUCUCAUCGGCGAAAGAAUCGAAAGAAAGAGUUAGAGAGAGAGAGAGAGAGAGAGAGAGAGAGAGAGAGAGAGAGGGAGAGUGAGGAAGAGAUCGACUUGUCCGUCGACGAUGACGACCCCGCAAUUCGUGCAGUAGUGGAAGUGCGCGGGGCGCCUGCUUCGCCGACCCGAUCGUUCUCGCGCUCGAUCCGCCGGCUUCCGGUUCUACGCUCUUCCACGCCAGUGAGCAAUGUUUCCUUCUCCGACGGAAUUCUUCAAGAGAGAAUAACAAAGGAACGAUAUUCACACGUACACACACCGUACACGCAUCACCGUACACGCAGACUCUUCACGUUUAUAACCCCAGUGCCCGUAGUCCGCGAGCGAGCGGCUCGCGACUUCAAGUACCCGUCGAAGACCACGUCGACAAUUAGCCGAUCAAUCUGACUCGAUCGCGGACACGAUCCCUCCGCGCUUAUGCUGUCGACCGGUUUUCAGUUUCUCUCCGUUCUCUCGCAAGGAUGCAGCGAACGCAGGUGUAGCGUCGCGACCGUCGUCGAAUACUCCGACGAUCGCGAGCACGACUUCACAGCACGGAGCGUUUCGCAAUUAAAUCGCACGCAAUUAAUUUUCAUGUCUUCUACCGGAUGAAAAGCUUUCAGUUACAGUCGCCAUGUACACACUUAUCUGACGCUGAUUCACACGCUGAUCCUUGCGAGCCGCAACAAGUGCCAACGGGGUCGGACUCGUACCGCGCCGCCUCGUAUUCCGAUUUCCGACAUUUCGGACGGAACGACCGGUUUUGAUUUCUCGAAAUUACAUCACGCCGAUGACGUUGCGCGACGUGAUCCCCGCCGGGCACGCGAGCUCGCCGCCGCAGGGCGCGCGCGCGACUGCGGGCACAAAUAACCCCCGAUGACUGUUAAGUUUGGCCUGGGCAAAGUCAGGCGAGCGUCGGGCCGGCUCUCAAUUUUGAAAUAGCCAUUUCGACUUAAGCGAAAAAAAUGAACAGACCCCCAAAACCCGACGCAAUAGAGGAAGGCAACCGGAUCAAAAUAACCGCCACACGAAUCAACAGUUUCUCGCGCGGGGCCCGGCCGCGGCUGCCACCAAGAUAUCUCCGCUUAAGAUUAUAACCCCUGUGCCCGUCCCACCCCGUCCCAUCCCCUCCCGCCCUAAUUACCCGUGAUCACCCCGUGCUAGCGACGGGGGUGCAUAAGGCUCCCGUGGGCCCGCAGCAAAAGUACGCCAGGCGUGCCGCGGCCACGAAAACCACGUGGAUUCGGGCCCCGCGCCCACUCUCACUCACAGCACACACUGGGCCGACUCGUCCGAUAGAAUGUGCCUUCAGUGUUGAUUUUAUACGAAAAAAAUACUAAAAUUAUACAAAGGGGCCCGACAUAGACCGAACGCCCACCCAAAGCCUGACUGGUGCUCGCCCGCUGCCCGUUUAUUUCGUCCAACGCCGGUUACGCGCACAACACCGACAGGACAGAAACAAAUACGCGGACAAGAACGCGAGCGACGGAGCUCGUGAGGUCGAGAGGAGCGUUCAAAACGAGCGGCCGCCACCGAUUCGCCGUACGUCUUCAAGAUCGGCGUCGUAACUCGUAACUCGAUGUGAGCAUCGACGACGACGAAUCGACAAGACGAAUUAUCGAGAGCGCGGCUCGUCGUCGUCGUCGUCGUCGUCGUCGUCGUCGUUAUCGUCGUCGUCGUCGUCGUCGUAUAAGGGAGGGCCUCUUGAUAUCCUCAGUACAGUGACGCGCGCGCACGCGCGAACGGCAUGAAAGUUCGCCGAUUACCGUAACUCGUAUCGGGACCACGCGUAAAAUAUAUCAAAUCAAGUAGAGUGUGACGUUCUCUCUGUUGUUAAUCCAACGCGCGAGCAACGCGCGAGCGGUCAGCGACGUCUUGCGCGCGUUUCCACGGCGAAUCCACGAAGCGCGCGAUAUACCGCGAUGCCUCGACCUCGCGUCAGCGCGCCACCGGGAAGCGUCGGCGCGCCGAACGAGGUCACGGCAAUCCCAUGGGCAUUAUCGUCCUCGCGUGACACGCGUACGCUUAAUAAGAUACCUCCGAGACCAGGAGCACCGAGCUGUGCCGCACAGUAAUUGUAACGCAUGUAUCGCGACGUAUGAAAGAUUCGCGCGCACUUCGCCGGGAAACGCGCUCCGGAGCAACGAAACGCAUCCUCGGGAGCGGCCCGUCCGUUCCUCCUUUCGACCUCGGGAUCGUACGCUCGCGGCGACGUGCCGCGUGGAAGAGCAGAGUCGCGCGUUUCGCGCGCGCGACGAGGCUGUUCACGUACACACACGCACACACAGAAAGAGAGAGAAAAAGGGGGGAAUGAAAAAGAGAUAGAGAGAGAGAGAGAGAGAGAGAGAGAGAGAGAGAGAGAGGGAGAGAGGAAGAGAGAGAGAGAGAGAGAGAGAGAAGGAGGAAGAGACACUUAGACACACACGCACACGCUACCUACCCACGCCCCAUAAAAAUCUUUUGGUUCGUGCAAGGAGUUCGGAACGCUGCUAUGCACCGAUAACACACACACGUGUAUUGAUUAAAUGCAAUUACUAUGCGAUAAGUAUAAUUACAUAAUAUAUAUGUGUACUAUGGUCUCUCCCACUCCCCAUCAAAGUAACCCGCAUGCCGCGCUUCGAUCCUGCGACGAUCGACGAUCGCCGGUAACGCGCGCUGCGACGCUCUGCUCCGGAACCGGAUGCGCCCGCCGCGCAUGCGGCGGAGGCCGCAGGAGUCGUUCAGGAUCGAGCGGCGCGUUGCGCCCGGAUUGCCGCGAUCGCCGCACCACCGCGCGCGAUCGACGCACGGUGCCGCCCACACACUCACCACGAUCCCCGUGAGAUUCCCUUAAGACUCCCCCUCCCCCCGCUCCCCCGUCCCCAAAUACAAGCGUAGAAUUUAACCACAUUAACUAUGAAUGACGAGAGCUACGUAAGAGCUAACUAACUAACUACAAUUAAACUUACUUAAUUAUUAACAAUUAAACAAACAGUAAAGCAGUAUAAACAGUAAACGCCCAGUAACCAUUGAAUUGUGUGUCGACAACUACAUACUAACUACCUACCGUAUAUCGAAGUAAUAGCCGUAUGUAAAAGAAAAGAAAAAAAACUUGUAUUCUACCAGUUGUAUCAGCCAGUCCAGUUCUAAUAAGCAAGCGAUUAAAAGUAACCCGAUACCCGGUUUUAAGUCCCACCCGAACCACCACCUCCAUCGUCCCCACCACCCUUCUCCCCCGAGCCCUCUCUUCAGUGGAUUACCCGAUUAUCCCUCUUUAGCCCCGGUAACUGUCUCACAGCCCGAUUACCGAUUAUCCAAGAAUCCUUCCUUGCGGUAAUUAACGGUGGAUCUAAUCGCGAACCGUCAACGCCGUCAUUACUACUACCACCAUCGCUACCACCACCACCACCACCACCAUCAACCUUCAUCACCAACUCCGCUGAAGCCCCAUAAUCAAUUCUCCGGAAUAUAAUCCAGUCAGUAUAAAGAACCCGCCGGAUAACGUAUUUACCAUUAGUGUUUUUAGUAGACAGACUCACAUAAUGAAAAAGACUUCGUUUACGAUUGUACGCACACGUGUGGGGAGACCAUGUAACUUUAGCUCCGCCGCUCAUUAAAAGGCCGUCCAUGCGCUCGCGAUCGGCGGCGAGUCGCUGCGAACGAGCGAGUCCUACACCGCCGCUCGACGAUCGGCUCGAGAUCUCGAGAGCGCGGGUCUCUUCCUGUGCGGACGUCCCUUUCUCAUGGGACCUCGACGUCGCGCGUCGAUCGGAUCGUGUCCGACGCCGCCGCCGUGCGACGACCGCGACGCGUCCAUGAGCACCGAUCGCGAGCGCGGACGCGCGCGAACGCCCCGAAAUAACAACCACUCAGCUGGUGUUAGCAGCUAGCGCCCUUUUCGAUUCCCCAUAACCGAUGUCCCUCGACGUCCUCUCCACCCUCGAACCACUCACCGGAAACACCAACUAUCCCCCUGACCCCGACCCUCAUCCAAUCGCAACCCCUCGAUUCCCUACGUGUUGUAUUUAUCCGUUAUUUUCGAUAUAAUAUUAUAUAUAGUAUACUAAUGAUAUUUAAUGAUAAUACGACGACGAUAAGGUAUGGGAGACGUUUGGUCACACACAAAAAAAAAGAUAGGACACCACACGGAUUACGCCAUCCUCACACGACCAUUCGAUCGAACACAGGACAGAGACAUUUUACACGAGGAACACACGUAUAUACACUGGCACACGCAUACGCACACAGUAACAGGUAUCAACAGUAAUAGACAGACGUAACAGCAGAAAUAAAAAAAAAUUGAUAAACAGAACACUAGUUGCCGUGCAGUUUGUGAACAAAAAAAAAAAUAAACAAGUAAUGGUAACCACCGACCUACCCGCGGGUCCGCUUCGUUCUUGCCUCGUGAGACUGGGUCGCGCGUUCUCCGCGCGCGGAUCGAGAGGGUACGCGGGACCGUUCCUCCUCUCAGAGAACGGCCCGCUGAGCUCGCGACCGUUCCCCGACGAGGGAUCCCCGACGACCGGGCUCUCUCACCCGGCAGAGUGAUCGACGACGACCGUCACGAGGAGACGCGCGCGACCCGGGCUCACCGACGGGGCUGAAUCUGCCUCAAAGCGUAGCUGAACAUUUUUGUACAGGAGUUAAACGAGAUGCAUUAACUGGAUGUAAAAUCUUGAGUUACAGAGCAGCACUAUACAUACCACACAGAUGAUGUAUAUAUUUUUACGUUACAGAAUAUGCCUGCGCUUUAACAGACAGGCGCCAUAAGACUGGUUCUCAUUUCCCAUGACAAUGCGUAUAUACAUGCCACAUAAACUUAACAAGAAAAAAGACCCUAUAUUGUAAUGAUAAAACUUAAUGAUAUUUGUAUACAGUAUACCGCCUGGUGCCGCCGCGACACGGCGACCAGUUUAACACACACACACGCCAUGGUCAACGAGACUGGGGCCCGCCCGCUCGCAACACGGUGACAAUCCGGACGGGACUUGCGGAUCCGAGAGAUCGACCCGCGGAGCGGGAUCGGAGAGUCGGACGCGGAGGUGAUCCUUCUCGCGGCUCGCUGAUGAAAAUCAAAACGAUCCAACGAUCGACGCGCGUGCGACCCGAUGCGCGGGUCGAGUGAAGCUCUCGGAUCCGACGCACGGCGACGCGACGACGGGCGCCGCCGUCGCGAGGUCGUGCGUCGAACAGGAAUGAGGAAGCGAAAGGGAAGAAUUGGCCCUCGAAUUCGCGAUAACCCGUGCGUUUUACUACACCGUGGAAAUUAACAUCCUGAUUUUCUCAUUAGGCCGUUAUAUCCAUCGAGCUCUAUUAACUCGUACCGGGGAAAACGAAAAACUAAACAACCACCAAAAAGUGCACAGUACGACCGACCGUGUCGUCGUCGACUGUUUGCGAGGACGGUUGCGAAGGGAUGUAAGACGAUCACACAGCCCAGGAAGUGUUGCCUGCGGGUACCCCGACAGAAGCAUAACGCGGGUAGGAGUUUCUAAACAAGAAUUCCCGACGUGCCCGAGUGGCUUCGCGACUCGGCUCGCGGGAAGGUCCUAAUUUUCCAAAAAAAAAAAAAAAACAAAUUUAA